CGCGGGGAACUUCCAACGCAUUCUCUUCUCUCUCAAUCUCAUCCUUCCUUUUAAAAGUUUGCAGAAGAGCCUACAUUUUUUUUGAAGCGUUUAGAGAGAGAGAGAGAGCGAAUUCUAGAGAGAGAAGAUCUUAGAGAGAGAAAAUGUCGUGGCAAGCAUAUGUUGAUGACCAUCUGAUGUGCGACAUCGAUGGCCAUCGUCUCACAGCGGCUGCAAUCCUUGGCCUUGAUGGCAAUGUUUGGGCUCAAAGCCAGUCUUUCCCUGAGCUUAAGCCUGACGAGAUUAAAGGCAUCAUUAACGACUUCGAUGAGCCUGGAUCCCUUGCCCCAACUGGCUUGUACCUUGGAGCCGCAAAGUAUAUGGUGAUUCAGGGCGAGCCUGGAGCUGUAAUUCGAGGAAAGAAGGGCUCUGGUGGUGUAACUAUCAAGAAAACAACCCAAGCUCUGAUCAUUGGCAUCUAUGAUGAACCAUUGACCCCAGGACAAUGCAACAUGGUGGUUGAAAGGCUUGGAGAUUACCUCGUUGAUCAGAGCUAUUAAUUCUUUACAUCUAGCAAGUCUAUCCUUUUUCUUCCUUUUCCCUUUUAUUGCUCAUUUGUUGCCUUAAUUCAUGGUUCUUUGGGCUGUAAUCUUUGAUUUGAGUUUGUGGGUUUGCCGAUUUUCCGGCUAUGGAGUCAUUCGAUGAAAUAAUUCAGGUGAGAGAUUAUAGGGAUCUUUUGUGAAGACAAUGAUUGUUUUACUGGUGUGGAGGGCUAUAUGAUUUCCUAACAAGUUCAGAUAUUCUACAGUUGUGUAUUCCCUAUGGUUUUCAAGGGGGACUUCUGUUUUUUUGGGUAAUUCAGUGGAGAAGGCAAGUCCUACCCGUUUUUUCAA